UAUGGCACGUUUCCUUCCUGUUGUUCGGGUUUCUUUCCGAAGCGAGCCGGAGAUGCGGCGUGUUUUGUGUUCUUUGCUCUUUCUGGUUGUGGAUGUUUAGGGUAACAUGCAGUGACUGAGCGGAGAAGGACAUCGAUGGUUGUGACACCCAAUCUGUAUGUGUUGUUAAUUCUGUGGACGAACAUGGCACAGCCUGGGGCUCAAGAAGAGAAGGAGAAGACGACAGCGCUCAAAGAUUUGCUCUCAAGGAUAGACUUAGAUGAGCUCAUGAAGAAGGAUGAGCCGCCUCUUGAUUUCCCCAAGACUCUAGAGGAAUUUGAGUAUGCCUUCAAUGACCAGGGUCAGCUGAGGCAUAUAAAGACGGGAGAGCCAUUCGUGUUCAAUUACAGAGAGGACUUACACCGCUGGAACCAAAAACGGUAUGAGGCGCUGGGAGAGAUAAUCACGCAGCAUGUUUACGAACUGCUGGAGACAAAAUGCAACAUGUCUAAAGAAAUCCUCCCAAUUGAUGCUUCCAAAGACGAACCCAAAAGCUUCAUCUACCUGAGUGCAGAUGCCCUGACAAAUCCCUCAAAGCUGCUGGUGCUGAUCCAGGGCAAUGGUGUGGUUCGGGCCGGUCAGUGGGCGCGCCGGCUCAUCAUCAAUGAGGAUAUGGACAGUGGUUCACAGAUCCCCUUCAUCACCAGAGCUAUGGAGGAGGGUUACGGCGUCAUCGUCAUGAACCCCAACGAGAACUACUUGGAGGUGGAGAAACCGGCGAAGUCCAGCCCCGAGCCUUCGCCCGAUGGCUCCGACGAACCGGCCGAGAAGCGCGAGCGCAAGGACGACAAGGAGAUGCGGAAAAAGCGGGACUUUUACGAGAAGUACAGGAACCCGCAGAAGGAGAGGGAGGUUGAGCAGAUCCCUAUUCGGGAGAACAGCUCUCCAGAGGAGCACACGAUAUACGUGUGGGACAAAUUCGUGUCGAAGUCAGCGGCCAAGAACGUGUUGAUCGUCGCGCACAGCUACGGCGGCCUGUCGUUCGUGGAGCUGAUGAUCCAGCGUGAAGCGGAGGUGAAGAGCCGGGUGCGUGCUGUGGCCAUGACCGACUCUGUUCACAACGUGUGGCACCAGGAGGCCGGAAAGUCCAUCCUGGAGUGGAUGCAGGAGCACUGCUGUAACUGGGUGUCGAGCUCGGAGCCCCUGGACACCCCGGUGGAGACCAUGUUACCAGACUGCCCGCGUGUCUCUGCAGGCACAGAGCGCCAUGAGUUAACUUCCUGGAGAAGUUUCCACUCCAUCUUCAAGUUCUUCGCCAACGCUCUUGAAGCCCAAGACUGUGAAGCCAAGCCCUGCACUUCCGUAACUACACGCAGCUCCAACAGAGCUAAACAUGAAGAGUUUUAGAACAAGAAAGGGGGCUCUCUUUCUUUUACUCCUACCCUCUUUUUAGCCAUUGUUUUCCUAAAAAACAUAAAUUGCUCCCAGCCCAUGAAAUGCAUUUAUUUUUAUUGUUAAACUGGGGGGAGGGUUGUGGUGUAUACAUCUAAACAGUGCUUUGCAUUACUUCUAGAUGAGUGCAACUGUCAAAGCAAUAUGGGUUCACUGCAUGUGCUUCCUGUGGGCUGUAGCUUGGAUUUGGUGCAGCCCAUCAGUGCCUAGAUUAAGGAUGACAGCAGUGGAGCACAGUGCUCCAUGGUGCACCUCUAAUUGCCCCGACAUCGCCCUGAACUGAGCUAAUGCGCAGGCAGCCCCAUCUCCCCCAGGUCCUGCUGCCUGCAGAGCUCCUCGAAACACUCCCAUCCACUGAGCCCCUUCCACUCACCCCUGCUGUUGCAAAGUUUGCCUCCAGUUCCUGGGAAUCAAACUGGUUUUAGGUUUCAGUGAAGCCUGGUAUUGUAUAUCUGUUUUUAUUCUGUUUCUCUUUUGUUAGACUUUUC